AUCAGUUUAACUGGCAAUUUAUUAAAUACAAUUCAAGAUGUUUAAAUUGAUCUUCGUAUUGUCUGCUCUUGCCUGUGCUGCAUAUGCAGAACCAAAACCCGGCGUAUUGGCUGCUGUCCCACUGGCGGUUGCUCCAGCAGUUGCCCCAGGUGUAGUUACCGCACAAAGUUCCCAAGUAGUGGCCCGAAACUUCAACGCCUUAGUUGCGCCAGCGCCUAUUGUUGCUGCUCCAGCACCGGUUAUUGCUGCUAGAGCACCCCUUGUAGCUGCCCCAGCCCCAUUGUUAGCGGCAAGAGCUCCACUUGUAGCCGCCCCAGCGCCUUUGUUGGCUGCGAAGGCUCCAUUAUUGUCAGCUCCUUAUGCGGCUUAUAGGUUCUCCGCUCCUUUGGUGACAGCAGGAUUGCCUGCAGUAGCUACUUACAAAGCUGCCCCAUUGUUGGGUUGAAUUACACCAAAACUUAUAAUCGACUGAAUUGACUGAUCCGUGUAUAUAGUUGUAAAUAAAUCUGCAUUUAAAAUAA